GGUGUCCUGAUGUACUCACUUCCUCCAUUCCAGGAGUAGGAUACAUUAGGCAAAAAGAAGAAUACCCAGGGAAUUUACUGCUAUAUUGUGCCUUGUGUCCUGUGAUCCUGAGCUGAUUUGCCUUCUCUCCACCUUUCAGAGAAUAUUCGUUUUAUUUACAAUGUUCACAGUUUAAAUUUGUACUUCGUGGGAGGAAUAGGGAAAAAGUAUGUCCAUUCCAUCGUCCCGGAAGUAGAUGUGAACUUUGUCCCCGUAAGGAUGGAGCUUUAAAAAGAACAGAUAAUGGGGGCUGGAGUGCAAGUAGCAGGAUCCUAGCUCACUGCAGCUUUGUAGUCCCGGGCUCAAGUGAUCUUCCUGCCUCAGCUUUGAGAGUGUUGGGAUUACAGGAAUGAGUCACUGCACCUGGUUCAAGUUGUCACCUAUGUUGCUCCAGCUGGUCUUGAACUCCUGGGCUCAAGCAGUCCUCCCGCUUCAGCCUCCUGAGCAGCCAUCCUAAUGGGUGUGAAGUGGUGUCUCAUUGUGGUUUUGAUUUGCAUUUCCCUAAUGACUAAUGAUAUUGAGCAUCUUUUCAUGUGCUUAUUUACCAUCUGAAUAUUUUCUUCGAUUGGCUUGUCAAUUUCUAUUAAAAAGCCUGUUUUGAUAGAGAUCGUGCUGAGUCCAUGGAUCAAUUUUGGGAAGAUUGCCAUCUUAACAGAGUCUGGCUCUGUCACCCAGGCUAAAGUGCAAUGGUGCAAUCUUGGCUAACUGCAACCUUGGCUAGGCUCAAGCUAUCCUCCCACCUCAGCCUCUGGAGUAGCUGGGACUACAGCUUCCAAUAAAAAUAGGACAGCAGAACACACAUACCAAAGUCAGUACUGAGCACAACAAGGAAUGUCUAAUCAAUAUUUCCAAAUACAAGUUUUCUUUGGUUAUAAGCGGUCUCACUACUGUUUAAAGAAUGUUAACAAUAUGAGAAUAUUUGGAGAAGCUGCUGAAAAAAAUUUAUAUCUCUCUCAGUUGAUUAUAUUGGAUACACUGGAAAAAUGUCUUGCUGGGCAACCAAAGGACACAAUGAGAUUAGAUGAAACGAUGCUGGUCAAACAGUUGCUGCCAGAAAUCUGCCAUUUUCUUCACACCUGUCGUGAAGGAAACCAGUGUGCAGCUGAACUUUGGAAUUGUGCCUCUGGGGUUUUAUUUUCUCUCAGCUGCAACAACUUCAAUGCAGUCUUUAGUCGCAUUUCUACCAGGUUACAGGAAUUAACGGUUUGUUCAGAAGACAAUGUUGGUGUUCAUGAUAUAGAAUUAUAUCAGUAUAUCAAUGUGGAUUGUGGAAAAUUAAAACGACUCCUGAAGGAAACAGCAUUUAAAUUUAAAGCCCUAAAGAAGGUUGCGCAGUUAGCAGUUAUAAAUAGCCUGGAAAAGGCAUUUUGGAACUGGGUAGAAAAUUAUCCAGAUGAAUUUACAAAACUAUACCAGAUCCCACAGACUGAUAUGGCUGAAUGUGCAGAAAAGCUAUUUGACUUGGUGGAUGGUUUUGCUGAAAGCACCAAAUGUAAAGCAGCAGUUUGGCCACUACAAAUCAUUAUCCUUAUCUUGUGUCCAGAAAUAAUCCAGGAUAUAUCCAAAGAUGUGGUUGAUGAAAACAACAUGAAUAAGAAGUUAUUUCUGGACAGUCUACGAGAAGCUCUUGCUGGCCAUGGAGGAAGUAGGCAGCUGACAGAAAGUGCCGCAAUUGCCUGUGUCAAACUGUGUAAAGCAAGUACUUACAUCAGUUGGGAAGAUAACUCUGUCAUUUUCCUACGUGUUCAGUCCAUGGUGGUUGAUCUUAAGAACCUGCUUUUUAAUCCAAGUAAGCCGUUCUCAAGAGGCAGUCAGCCUGCAGAUGUGGAUCUAAUGAUUGACUGCCUUGUUUCUUGCUUUCGUAUAAGCCCUCACAACAACCAACACUUUAAGAUCUGCCUGGCUCAGAAUUCACCUUCUACAUUUCACUGUGUGCUGGUAAAUUCAGUCCAUUGAAUCAUCAGCAAUUCGGCAUUGGAUUGGUGGCCUAAGAUUGAUGCUGUGUAUUGUCACUCGGUUAAACUUCGAAAUAUGUUUGGUGAAACACUUCAUAAAGCAGUGCAAGGUUGUGGAGCACAUCCAGCAAUACG